CUGGGACUGUUUUAAGAAACUGAAUACUUCUAGCUGGGUUAUACCAGUGUACAUCAAAUUCCUGAAUUAUUGCUUAAUAUUCUUCUCAGAGAUGAAGGCAAAUUGUUGUCUGGUCAAGUUUACUCCAUCUUGUGAUGCUCAUUUAUGGAACCCAAAGCAAAAAUAGGCACAAGGAGAUGAAAAACAGAGAUACCACAUAUUCACAGCUACACCCAGGCAAACGGGCCUCCGGCAGUGGCAGAACCUCUCUUCUUACCCAGAGGCUUACAGCAGGUAUUUCUUCAGUCACCAUCAGGAAAAAGACCAAUCUAACUGGACACAUGAAUUAGCGUGUACUUGGAUUUGAAUGUGUUAUGUCUGCCUCAGUGACUACGGAGGCAGCUUCCUGUAUGAUGAGAAGUCUUCACAUCCUUGGGGUAGACCUCCACCUAACUCAUCAAUGGGUUUGAAGCCUGUCUGUUACUCUCAACCUGGUUUAGUCUGUGUGCCAAGAAGGUUUUAUCAAGGUGUUGCUGCUUGCCAUGCUACCACUUUUUGGAGCCACAGGUACCUCCUCCUUGAAGGGGAUCCCUUUAUUGAGAAUCUGUGUCUUCUCCUGGGUAAUUGAUCACUCUGCACCCAGGGACACCCAAUUCAUAGUUGAGGAGGAGUAAUCAUCAUGAAUGAUCAAAAAGCCGUGGCUGGGCUGCUGCAGGAGUGCAAACAAGCACUGGACACACUCUCAUGGGGAUUGGGGAAGGAAGACAAGACACAGUAUGAGCAGUGCCAAGCUUCACUCCCCAGCGAGUUAAGGACCCUAAUCCAAGAGGCCAAGGAAAUGAAGUGGCCCUUCGUGCCAGAGAAGUGGCAGUACAAACAAGCCGUAGGGCCCGAAGACAAAACAAAUCUUCAAGAUGCGAUCGGCGCCAGGCUGCAUGAGUUACUGGCAUACUUGAAAGCCUCCGUCCUGGUCCAGGACUUCACAACAUCAGCGGCUCUUGUGUUUCUGAUGGACCGCUUCUUAUAUGGGCUUGAUGCCUCUGGCAAACUCCUGCAGGUCGCCAAAAGUCUACACAAGCUGCAUCCAACCAUCCCAAUUGCCCCACAGGUGGUCAUCCGACAAGCCCGGAUCUCAGUCAACACAGGAAAACUGUUGAAAGCUGAAUACAUCCUAAGCAGCCUUAUAAGCAACAAGGGAGCAACAGGCACAUGGCAGUAUAACAAGGAAAGUGAUAAGAUCCUUGUCCAGUCAGUCUGCAUACAAAUCAGAGGACAAAUCCUACAGAAGCUAGGAAUGUGGUAUGAAGCUGCAGAAUUAAUUUGGGCUUCAAUCAUAGGGUACUUGGAACUUCCUCAGCCAGAUAAAAAGGGAAUUGCUACAUCACUGGGCAUAUUGGCAGACAUAUUUGUUUCCAUGAGCAAGAAAGAUUAUGAAAAAUUUAAAAGUAACCCUCAAAUUACCCUGAACCUUCUCAGAGACUUUGAUCACCAUUUGCUGUCAGCAGCAGCCGCGUGUAAGCUAGCUGCUGCCUUUAGCCAGUAUACCCCACUUUUUGUACUCACAGCUGUGAACAUCCGAGGCACAUGUUUAUUGUCCUAUAGUAACUCUGCUGACUGCCCUCCAGAAAAGAGAAAGUUGUAUUUAUCUGAAGCCAAAGAGGCCUUUGAAAUUGGCCUCCUCACCAAAAAAGACAACGACCUAGUUGCUGGAAAACAGGAGCUUCACAGUUUCAUCAAAGCUGCUUUCUGCCUCACCACAGUGCACCGGAGCCUCAGUGGGGAGACCAAAGCCGUCCGUGUUUCAGAUAGACUUUGUAGAGAAGCAGUAGGGAAACUGUAUGCUUAUUCCACUUCAAGGGGGACUCAAGACAAAGAAUCACUGGCUCAGGAGAUCAUGUCUGAUAUUGAGCAGGUUAAGAAGUAUUUGCAAGUCCAAAGUUUCUCCAAUUUAGAUGACAGAUCUUAUGUCCCAGAGAGUUACAAAUCCUGGAUUGAUCAGCCAAUCUUGCAUGGCAAAGUAGAUUUCAAAGAAUUCCUUGAAAGGCAUUCCCAACACCAUGCUUCAGUGUGUGAAGUAUUUGAAAGUAUAUGUAAGAGCCACAAAAGUAGAGAAGAAGUAAAAACAGGAGCCUGUAUCACAUCCUUGAAAACUGAGACAAAAAAUGCAGACACCUUGAGUACUAGCGAUGACAAGUUGUUAAGUCAAAAAGGCAUUGAAAUACCUUCUUCAGAAAAAAACAGUCAGAAUCAUGAGAAGAUCCAAAUAAAAGAAAGAAGAAAAUGGCCCCAAUCAGACGCAGCUCAUGUCUCACUUGAUGAAGAGACAGAAACUGAACCAUCAGACCACUUCAAUAAUGGCCAAACUGAUGUUUCUAGCAACUCUCUGAAUGGAAGUCAGACAUCUAACUCUUGGAGCAAGAUAUCGGGAUCCAGCUUUUCUACUAGCUGGGAGGAAGUAGAUGAUGAUGCUGGUGAUGCGCCAGUCAGAAGAGAGACCAUUCAAGAAAAAAUGCUAGUGGACACUCAGUGUUCCACAGCCCUGACUGAAGACCCGGAGAAUGGUGAUGAAAACGGCAGUCUCCAUUCAUUUCCUUCAGUGCCUCAUCCUCCUUCUUUCAAGGAUUCUAAAGAAGACUGUUUAGGUCCUUCCCAAAAUCAACAAUGUAAGCAAGCUCCCUUGGCUCCCCACAAGACGAUAAGCACAGCCUCAGUUUCUGGUAAAACAGUCUUAGCCAACAGAGAACCAGAAAUAGAAAAUGUCCAGGAAAUAAGAAAUAUGGAAUCCAAAAGUGACUCUCCAUUAAGGGUGUCUUCGUGUUCCUCUGCCUCUAGCAGGUCCGGAGAGAUCAUCUCAUUGUCUUCCCCAGAAGAAUCAGACUCAUUUGAGGUGAUUGAUGGGUUACCUGAAGCGGAAGGGAAUCUAAGAGUCAAGAAUGGAGAAGAGAAGGGAGUAAAAACCACUGAAAGAAAUAAAGAACCCAUAUUUAGAGGACUGAUUUCUUGGAUUGAUCAGGAAGAAGAAACUACAGAAAGUAUAGAGGAUGUUUCCUUGAGACAAUCUAAAAACACCAAAGUCUCUUCUUGUUCUUUAGCCAACAAAUCUACUGUGGCUGGCAGUUCUUUCACUUAUCAUUGGCCCGUGAAGAAGCUCAUCACAGUAGAAAAAGAGGCCAUAGAAAGGCAAGCAGAUGAGUCAGAUACCUCUACAAAUGACAAGGAACUGAAGCUCACUAGUAGUAAGGUGAGCCACUGGACAAAUAAAAAUGGGCCUCCUAGACCGAAUACUUUGGGAGAGCAAACCUGUCAGAUGGUGAACAAUGGCCAUGGCUCCUGGGCAAACAGUAGCAGACCCUUCCCCACUCUGUGUGAUGACACCACCACAGAGGAUCAUGGCGGAGGGAAUGAAUUUGGAAACUAUAGGCAGAAUUCUAACUCCUCUUUAUCAAGGUUGCUCAACUCAUCUGACUUUUCCAAUGGUUCUUCUGAGGUGGGAAGUCCCUUGUCGUUUCUCAAUUCCAGUGAAAGCUCUUUUGUAUCUAUACCAGGAAAGGUCAACCAAGAAGUCCUAGAAGCUCGCACCCUGGAGGACAAUGACUUUGAGAAACUCCUGUCAGGAGUAGGGCAUGACUGGUUAUUCCAGAGACUAGAGAACACAGGAGUUUUUAAGCCCAGGGAGCUCCACCAAGCACACAAUGCUCUUUUGCUAAAAUAUUCCAAGAAAUCAAAAUUGUGGACAGCCCAGGAAACUGCUGUAUAUUUUGGUGACUACCUGGUUGUAAAGAAGAAAGGCAAACAAAGGAAUGCCUUUUGGAUACACCUCCUUCAUCAGGAAGAAAUUUUGGGAAGAUAUGUUGGAAAAGAAUAUAAAUCACAAAAAGGACUUUGGCACCAUUUCGUUGAUGUGGAGAGGCAAAUGACCGCACAAUACUACGUCACAGAGUUUAACAAAAGACUCUAUGAGCAAAAGAUCCCAACACAGAUCUUUUACAUCCCUUCCACAGUACUGCUGAUUUUAGAGGGCAAGACCAUUAAAGGAUGUGUCAGUGUGGAACCUUACAUUUUGGGAGAAUUUGUUAAACUGUCCAAUAACACGAAAGUAGCAAAAACAGAGUACAAAGCCACAGAAUAUGGAUUGGCUUAUGGACAUUUUUGUUAUGAGUUUUCCAACCACACAAAUGUUGUGGUUGAUUUACAAGGUUGGGUGACCGGUAAUGGAAAAGGAGUCAUCUACCUCACAGAUCCCCAGAUUCAUUCUCUUGAUCAUAAAGAUGUGACAACUAACUUUGGAGAAAGGGGCAUUUAUUAUUUCUUCAACAACCAGCAUGUGGAGUGUAAUGAAAUCUGCCAUCGACUUUCUUUAACUAGACCUUCAAUUGAAAAACUUAGUUAGGCACAUAUUCCCCUUCAACGGCAAUAUAAAUGAAACAAUAAAUUAGGUCUACAAAAUGAAAGUAGUCUAGGUAAAAACAAAAAAAAAAUUCAGUUAACUAU